GCGAAACGGGCUGGGACCGGCCGGGAUGGGAGCAGCCGGGAUGGGAGCAGCCGGGAUGGGAGCAGCCGCGCUUCCUCCUCGCCCUGCGGCUCUGCUUUGCGUUUGGCUUCUGCUCGGCUCCAGCUGGGGCCCGGGUCCCCCUGGGGUCGGUGCCGUUCCGCGUCCAACGGCCACCUACGUGCUGGACGCCGGCAGCGGGCUGGGCAGGCAGUUCGACGGCAUCGGCGCGGUCAGCGGCGGAGGGGCCACAUCUAGACUCCUCGUGAACUACGAAGAACCUUAUCGCUCGCAGAUUUUAGAUUAUCUGUUCAAGCCAAAUUUUGGUGCUUCUUUGCAUAUCCUCAAAGUAGAGAUUGGAGGCGAUGGCCAGUCAACAGAUGGUACUGAGCCCUCCCAUAUGCACUAUGAAAAUGAUGAGAACUACUUCCGGGGCUACGAAUGGUGGCUGAUGAAAGAAGCUAAAAAGAGGAACCCCCAAAUUAAACUGAUUGGACUACCCUGGACGUUUCCAGCAUGGAUAGGGAAAGGUGAAAACUGGCCCUAUGACUAUCCACAUGUCACUGCUUACUAUAUUAUUUCUUGGAUAUUAGGAGCUAAACAGUAUCAUGAUCUGGACAUUGACUAUAUUGGGAUAUGGAAUGAAAGGGCGUUUAAUAGCAAAUAUAUCAAGCUGUUGAGGUACACAUUGGAUAAACAUGGCCUGCAGCAGGUGAGGAUCAUAGCCAGCGAUAGACUGUGGGAGCCCAUUUCCUUUGUCUUGCUGCUUGACUCUGAGCUCCACGACGUGGUCGAUGUCAUUGGGGCUCACUAUCCUGGAACAAAAACAGUGCCAAAUGCCUUAUUAACGCAGAAAAAACUGUGGUCUUCAGAAGAUUAUAGUACUUUCAACGAUGAAGUAGGUGCAGGCUGUUGGGCUCGGAUCCUAAACCAAAACUAUGUGAAUGGAAACAUGACCUCAACCAUUGCGUGGAAUUUAGUUGCUAGCUAUUAUGAAGACUUGCCCUUUGGUCGAUGUGGAUUAAUGACAGCACAAGAGCCAUGGAGUGGCCAUUACAAAGUAGAAGCACCUAUCUGGAUUACAGCACACACAACACAAUUUACUCAACCAGGCUGGUCAUACUUGCAAGUUGACGGACACUUGGAAGGAGGUGGUAGUUUUGUAGCUCUGACAGAUGGCCUAGGAAACCUUACCAUCAUAAUUGAAACUAUGACUCAUAAUCACUCUCAAUGUAUCAGGCCUCCACUGCCUCAUUUCAAUGUGUCACCUCAGAGAGCAACUUUCUACCUCAAAGGGUCUUUUUAUUUGGUGGAAACCCUUCAAGUGUGGUAUUCAAGACUUGAUUUUGAAUCUGCGAACUCUAUUUUAUUCAAGCAACUCCAACCUUUAGAUGUCUGGAGGGGAAGCUUUUCUAUAGACCUAGACGUGGAUGAAGUCUAUACUUUAACCACACUCAAGACAGGGCGGAAAUGUAGUUGUCCAGAGCCUCCCCCACCUCAGCCCUUUCCUUCAAAUUACAAAGAUGAUUUCAAUAUUCGUAAUCCACCUUUCAGCGAAGCUCCAAAUUUUGCAGAUCAGACAGGUGUAUUUGAGUACUUCAUAAAUGGUUCUGACCCAGGAGAUCAUGUUUUCACACUCCGACAGGUGGUAGUUCAGCGACCCAUCACUUGGGUUUCUGAUGCAGACCAGACCAUCAGUAUCAUAGGAAAUUUUCAUUGGGUGAACCUGACAGUCACUUGUGACAUCUACAUAGAAAAGCAAGAUGAUGGGGGUGUGUUUAUUGCUGGAAGAGUUGACAAUGGUGGGAUAUAUGUUCGUCGUACGAAAGGAGUUUUCUUCUGGGUUUAUGCAGAUGGCACCUACAGAGUCACUGGUGACUUAGCUGGAGAAGAAGUAUUAAUGAAGGGACUUUCUGGUGUCCGGGCCAAUGCAUGGCACACACUUACACUCAACAUCCAGGGCGCUUCUGCCUCAGGGCUGUUAAAUGGUUAUCCACUCUGGGAGAAUGUCACCAUUUCUAAACCAAGUAACGGAUGGGCUGCUAUUGGAACUCGCUCAUUUGAGUUUGCUCAGUUUGACAACUUUCAUGUUGAAGCUAGCUGAGCUGGCUUUUGCAUUUGGAGAAUGCAGUUCUCAUCUUUCUUUGAAGAAGAGACAGAUUAAACUUUGGGGACAACACUGUGAUUGAUCUGAUGGAAAAGAACCUGAAUCCUCAUCCUAUUUUUUGUUAAAAGUUUACUUGACUAGUUAUAAACAUGACUAACUUUAUCCCCUGGUUGCUAUGGGAUUUUUGCUCUUAGAUUUCUGGGGGUGAACUUUGGUUCAAGGUAACAAUGAAAACAACUUUGUGGAUUUAAAUCCUUUGAAUAAUAAGAUCUUAACUUUCCAGCUCAUUUUAAGAUAACUUUGGAAGUUCAUAUAUGAUAAAGGCUUUUCAAGCUGCAUUUUUAACACUAACAUGAUUGUGUCCAUUCCUUUCACUCUUGAAGAAUUAAAUGCCAGUGGCCCCAUACUGUUGUAGGUUUAUCAUUUUCAGAUUUCAUUUAGAUGAAGAAUGUAAUUUUCUGUGUUAAGAAAAAAGAUGCUUUGCCUGUGUUUCUACUACAGUCUGAGGCUAGACAUUACAAUAAAUACUCCAAAUGUAUUUUAUUACUUCUUCCAACUUACACUGCCAGCCUUAAAAUAUAUUGUGUUUUCAGUGGAAUGGAAAUGUGCCAUACAAACUGAACAGGCAAUGCAGGAUAUGUCUUAUUUAUCAACUACCUCCUUUGUUCAAUGAAAGGAUUGAAAUAGAUUAGAAGAUACUGUAAUUUGCAGUUCAUUAUUGAAAGUUUUGUGUUUUUGUUUGCCUGCUGCAAAGAAUAAAAAUCCAGAGUCCUGGAUGCUGGCAUUCCAUGUCAGGUCAUAUAUCGAAAAACGUCUUUUUGUUCGUAGAAGCUUUGGCAUCCAUCUCUCAUUUGUGAUGAUCUAAAGCUUAGAGCAUAAAAUAAUUCAAGUAUAACAAUAUGUCAUGGAGUUUAUUAUAUUAUUCUAGCACAGAGGAGGUAUGGAUACUAUCAUGUACUUGCAUUAAAGGAAACGGGGAAAAAAAACAUCCUUGUACAUAAGACUUUGCAACCUGUUCAUAAGGUAAGUGACAGCAGGUAGAUGCAGACAGAAUUGCCUAGUGUGUCAGGCACUGGUGUUGACACAAGUGUCUGUUUUUAAACUUCUAUGCAUCGGAGUAAGAUUCUGAAGGAUCAGAAAUGCAGUCUGAAAGGAGGGACUCUCUGAUAUUUCACAUUUUUUUCCAAGUUACUGUGCUACAGGAAAAAAAAUCAUUGUGACUAUAAUGAGCUAGUGAAUGGGAUUUUCAUCAGCUGGCUUGUGAAGUUUUCUGUUCAUUAUUUAGCAUGAAAAUCUCUGUUGCCAUAACAAAACAUGCCUCCUGUGUCUGCUUUUCACAUUCACAUCUUAUUCAAUUGGCAAGCAAGUACUUCUGCAAACAUGAUAGGCCACUUGUAUCUGAAUAAGGCUAUCUCUAGCAGGCAGUAUCUUUGAGAAUCUUGGAGAUUCUUUUGAGAAACAGAUUUGCAAUAUACUUCAAUUUUUGCCGAAUGUUACUUGGAUCCACUCUAUUUUGAAGGGUGUUUCUGGUAAGCAUUGACUUUGGUCUUCAAAGCUGUCACCUAAGAUAGUUAAUGCAAUAGAAAUUAUUACUAGAAAUUUUUUUUUAAAGUUUUUCUUCCAAGUCAGGUUUUGGAGAAGGAAGGGGCCCCAAUUUCAUCUCUAGUAAGUGGAGAUGAAAUUUUUUAGUUUUGUAAGAAUUAUACAGCUGGUUAUGAAUCAUUCAUAAGCGCAAAUUUCAUAUGUGCAAGUAACCUUGAACAAUGGUGUAAAGCACUGAAGUUUGAAAUUCUUGUAGAAGGCUUCCAAAUAUUGUUUCUUUAAAUGGGUUGAAAAACAAAAAACUAUUUUCUACUUUAGUUUCAUUCUGGUGGUUGAAGUGUGGAUGCAAAUCUGCUCAUUACUUGCUUGAUUUAAGAGGGGAUGUCACUGGGAACUCCAGACGUGAAGGAAUCUAAUUUUAGGUCCUUAUAUUCAAAUAAUAACGAAUACAGGAGAAAAAGUUAGUAGAAUAAACUUAUUUUACUUGUGAUAGAUUUCCCUAAUAGGAAAAUCUUGUGUGGGCUGCAGGCAAUGUUUGUGUAAGAUUAGCAACGAAGAAGUUAUUCCAAAGGAGUUGUCCAUUUUUUAGUACCUUUUAAUGCACUAGUGUAAUAAACUACUGUUGUUAUUUUGUGUACUAAACACAGUGUAUUUUGUCACUGGAAAUGUUGAUUAUUUUUUCUAAUCCUAAUUUAUUAAUGUUAGAGAAUUAAACUGUUAUGAACAGAGUAAGUGAUUUAAUGGUGAUAUAAUGUUAUUCAUCCUUAUGUCUGUAAUUCUUCACCCUUCAGCAGGCUGUAAUAUGCUUGGUAAUAACAAGCUGUCAGGUCUUUCAUUGAGGGGUAGAUUUAUGUUGUUGAUUAUAAAUACUAAUCAUUCCAAAUGGACAAAUAAAGCACUUAAAAACCCUUUA